AUGGAAGGUCAUCAAGAGCAAUACUAUCCACCUCCAUCAACAUCGUCAUCACUACCAUUAUUGCCACCCCACCCUUCCUACCUUUUCCCAUCCUCCUCAACCUCAAUGAACCCUCCUCCUCUUCCAGAGCCUCAUCAUCAGCAGCAAGCCCAGCUUCCAGACAUUGACUGGAUCAGCCUUCUCUCUGGUCAUCAUGAUCAUCAGAUUAAUACUAAUGAGCCUGCUGCUAUGGUGGAGGUUAAUAAUAAUGAAAAUAAUGUUAUUGAAGCUGCUCAGGAAGAAAAGGGUAGCAAUAAAAGGAAAGGUGGUGAGGGCAGGAAAAUUAGUGUGAUGAAAAAAGCGGGCAGGCCUAGGUUUGCCUUCCAGACUCGGAGUGCCGAUGAUAUUCUUGAUGAUGGCUACCGCUGGAGAAAAUAUGGGCAGAAAGCCGUCAAGAACAGCUUGUAUCCCAGGAGCUACUAUCGAUGCACACAUCACACAUGCAGUGUGAAAAAGCAGGUUCAGAGGCUAUCAAAGGACACAAGCAUCGUCGUUACAACUUAUGAAGGAGUUCACAAUCAUCCAUGUGAGAAGCUGAUGGAAACCCUUACUCCUCUUCUCAAGCAAAUGCAAUUUCUCUCUAGGUUCUAA